UCUUGCGGAACUAUUGUUCUUUGACCUAGUUUCAGCCCGGAUUGAGAAACUAUUUUUCUGUGCAUCAGGGAAAUAGGCCCGUCUUCUACCACCUAUGAAUGCUCUCUGUACAGCUGAUUGUCUCAGAAGUAACUGUCAAGAAACUACCAUCUCAAAAGAAUAACUGUCAUGACUAAAGAUGGAGUCCAAGGGGUCGUGGAGGAGGCGGACCAGGCCCCGUCGAAGAAAGGCCUGAAGAAACAGCAGAAGGAAGCGGAGAAAGCUGCUAAGAAGGCUGAGAAGCAGGCCAAACUGUCUGCUGACCAACAAAGCACAGAUGACGAUGAUUUUGCCAAGGAUCGGUACGGUGUCCCUCCGAUGGUACAGUCCCAGCAGAAACUGGACAGAGGGUUGGUGCGUGUCCAUGAGCUGACACCUGAGAAGGCAGGCCAGCUGAUCUGGGUGCGUGCCCGGAUUCACACCAGCAGAGCUAAAGGGAAGCAGUGCUUCUUGGUCCUGCGUCAGCAGCAGUUUAACGUGCAGGCCCUGGUCGCCGUGGGGGAGCGUGCCAGCAAGCAGAUGGUCAAGUUUGCCGCCAACAUCAACAAGGAGAGCAUUGUGGACGUGGAGGCGGUGGUGAAGAAGGUGGAGCAGACGAUCGAGAGCUGCUCUCAGCAGGAUGUGGAGUUGCACAUUGAGAGGAUUUUUGUCGUCAGCCAGGCCGAGCCUCGUCUGCCCCUGCAACUGGAGGAUUGCGUGAGGCCGGAAGGAGAGGGGGAUGAGGAUGGAAGAGCGACGGUCAACCAGGACACCAGACUGGACAACCGAGUCAUUGAUCUCAGGACAACGACCAGCCAGGCCAUCUUCCGCCUGCAAUCCAGAGUGUGCCAGCUCUUUAGAGACACCCUGACCAACAAGGGCUUUGUGGAGAUCCAGACCCCCAAAAUCAUAUCAGCUGCCAGUGAGGGCGGGGCGAACGUCUUCACUGUGUCCUACUUCAAAACCAGCGCCUACCUGGCCCAGUCUCCCCAGCUCUACAAGCAGAUGUGUAUCUGUGCUGACUUUGACAAGGUGUUCUGUGUGGGACCAGUGUUCAGAGCAGAAGACUCCAACACCCACCGUCAUCUGACAGAGUUUGUGGGCCUGGAUAUUGAGUUGGCGUUCAACUACCACUACCACGAAGUGAUCGAGUCCAUCACUGACACCAUGGUUCAGAUCUUUAAAGGACUCCGAGACAAGUUCCAGACAGAGAUCCAGACGGUGGGGAAGCAGUACCCCAGCGAGCCAUUCAAGUUCCUGGAGCCCACUCUUAGGCUGGAGUACUCGGAAGGCGUGGCCAUGCUCCGGGAAGCCGGGGUGGAGAUGGGAGACGAGGAGGACCUCAGCACUCCCAAUGAGAAGUUGCUUGGUCGUCUGGUGAAAGAAAAAUAUGACACUGACUUCUACGUGCUGGACAAGUACCCCCUGGCAGUGAGGCCCUUCUACACCAUGCCUGACCCCAACGACAAAAAAUACUCCAACUCCUACGACAUGUUCAUGAGAGGAGAGGAGAUCCUCUCUGGAGCCCAGAGGAUCCACGAUGCCCAGCUGCUCACUGAGAGGGCCAUGCACCACAACAUUGACCUGGAGAAGAUCAAGUCCUAUAUUGACUCCUUCCGAUACGGAGCUCCCCCACAUGGAGGUGGUGGCAUUGGACUUGAGAGAGUCUGCAUGCUCUACCUGGGUCUUCAUAAUGUCCGCCAGACCUCCAUGUUCCCCCGUGAUCCCAAACGCCUGACCCCCUGAGCGGCCAUCGAUCACAGAUGCAGGACAUGGGGAACUACAAUUUAAUCUCCAUCACACCAGACAGAGGAGACAUGAGUGGCGCAACACUGAAGUGCCACUGUGAUUAACAAGAGAAUAAUAGAUAACCAAGCCAGGCUACUACGGUUACCAGUAUUCAGAAAUAGAACCAUAAUAUAAGGGAUAAAUAAUUUGAAGACAUUAUAGAAGUGGAAUAUGAUUUAGAGAUGUAAUAACUUCGGCUUAGCUCGAGUGCCUGUCUGUUUCUGCCGUCUUGCCAUGUUUGGCUUGACAAUGAUAAUUGAGUAGGCAAACGUACAAACAGUUUCCAGGCUUCCCUAGGCUCACCAAUGGGGAUAAUAAACCUGUGUUUUAUGUCUAAUACUUUAUCAACUUUGAUACCAGUCUUUGUCAGAGUACAGAGGUAUGACUAAUAAAUAGUCUGGUGACAUAAUUUUUAAUUAUUGCAGCUGUUUUUAAAGUAAUUGGAGGAAAACAUAAUUAAAAGUUCUUCCAAAAGCUGGUUUCACUUUCCA